CUCUUAUUAUCAGAAGUAGCUUCGACUUUCAUUUUCUAACUGACAACAGCAUGGCACCUAAAAGAAGAAAAGGAUUUGGUGGUGGGGGAAAACCUAAACACAAACGGAAAAAGCUUAAUUUGAUGACAAUUCGUCAGAAAAAGGAUAUUAGAGAAUUUGGUGAAAUUCAUCCCGUGGAAAACACGUAGGUUUAAUUAAGUUUUGUUUCCUACCUUUUUAUUUUGAAAAAAACAAAAAGUUUUUUAAAGUCUUUAAUUUUUAACUUUACUUUACUACUUUACAUUGCAUUUUUAUUUGAUUACAUUCACUUGACUUACUACACUGCUGACACUUCUCUAACUAACUAAAUAGUUCAGUGUGAGUGUAACACUUGUGUAACAGACUAACCAGUAUCACUUUAAAUAACAGUAACACUGAGUAACAGUAUCACAGUAAAAUUAAUAAUUGACAUGGGAAAUUUACUCUAUCCGCACCACUCAAUUGGUGUUUUUGCACUACUCACCCUCCCCCCCCCCCCCCCCCCCCAUCUUUGUUGACAUGAUGUAAAAUAAAAAGUAAUGCAAAAACAUGUCUUCUAAAAUCGGGAGGAAAAAGGGAGAGAAUGUGUUCUUUCAUCUGCCUAGCCUAAAGAAAUGAAAAUAUUUAUAAGGCAAGGCAUUUCUUCAGGAUAUUUUUUUAAUGCAAAAAAAACAUUCAAAUUAAAAUUAAGAGGUUUUUUUUAAACUUGCAUUUCAUAAAAAUGAUAAUAUAAAAGAAAAUUUGAUAAAUAAUUGGAAGAAGUGAAAAAAUAAAAACGUAAAAAGAUAAGCAAAAAACAAACAAAUUUAAUUAAAUAAUUUUGUCCAGUAUAUUAAUUUUGUGGUGAUUGAUCGUAGCAACUUUAUUGUAUCCUUCUAGAUAUGCUGCAAGAAGUGUUAAGUGUCAACAAAUUUGGGACCAUCUAUAAUGCAAAUUUUACCCCCUGCCGCCGCCCAGUGUGUCACAAAAAGUUAGACCCCCCCCCCUCUCUGAUAUAAUGUCAUUUAUGUGUGGCCCCUUUUCACAACUGCAAUAACUUCGGAUUUAAAACAAAAUUUUCCCCCCGCCCCCGCCCCGUGUGUCACAAAAAAUUAGACCCCCCCCCCCCCCCUCUUAUAUAAUGUCAUUUAUGUGUGGCCCCUUUUCACAACUGCAAUAACUUCGGAUUUAAAGAAAUAGUCAUCCACUUAAUAAUAAUAAAGUUUAUUUGAAAAUCACGCUUCAUUCCCAAAGGCUCGAAGCGCACUAAAUCAUAUCGAUGGAUUUACAGACUUAAAGAUUGAGACAACGCCUUUGUCAGUGAACUUUAAAAGAGAAUACACUCGGUGAGACAGAUACCCCUUCCUUGAUCAAGAUACGAUAAGAAAUAUGCAAUAUCUCAAGUCAUGGCAAAGCUCCAAGUGUAGAUUCCAUCCCAGUUGAAUUCUACAAAGAAGGGGCUGCAGUUCUGCAAGGCCCAACCAUCUGUUCCUACUAAUGUGGUAGCAAUUUAUACGUUCCGGCAGGAUUUCAGAGAUACGGUACCGCUAUUGUUUACUGCGCUCUGGUGUUCUUAAAUCUAAUCCUUCUAUGCAGCUGAUGAGAUCUCGCAGAACUGGGUGAUGUUGUCCUAUUGCUUUAUCCACAUACACUGAUUGAUUGUUAUUAGUGAAAAGUUUAGCUACUAAACAAUAUCUAACUAUCCAGGAAUAACAAAUUUGAGAGAAACAUUGCAAAAUGAGAAAAUGUGGAGAGAUUUCACUGCUUCUUGUUCAAGGGACUUGUGAACCGGAAGUAUGCACAAUUCCUCUUACCCCCUGCUGAAAUGUGUUUUCUGAAGAAGGUUAUAUACCGGCACAUUAUUUCCUUAGUUUUAAAACUAUCUAUGUACCAUUUUCCUGUGUGUGACAUUUUUAGGCUUUGAGUAAUUGCUGUGGUUAUAAAAUAAGAUAAUAAUUGAUGGACUGCAUUCAAGUUGUGUAAAUGAAAUAUAAGAGCAAGGUAUGCUAAACAUGAACAAAUAGACGGGACAAAAGAUUUGGACGUUUCCGCUUAAAGCCUUCAACAGCAAACAAAAAAAAUAGAAGUAAAACAAGUAACAAAGCACAGUGAAAAAACUAUGGAGGUCUUCUAUGUAGUUGUUGGAAGUAGGAUUGCAGGAAGUGAAAGAAUAUAAAUAUUGGUACUGUGAAAAAUAAGGGUACAGAAUCUUAGCGGACCAAAAUAUUUAGGGAUAUUUAAAAUCUAAGCAAAGAAGAAAUACGGGUAAAUUUAGAGACAUUAGUAGGAGAGUAUUUGAUUCAUACAAUGUGGAGAUAUGGUGCCGUAAAUCUGAAUAAAUUUGUUUUCCAUUUUAACUCUCUUUGGAGUGUUUGUGCAAGAAAUGAGUGGCGUAAUGGAUCCAUCCAAUGCACCUUUAAGUUGCUCUCUGUUGAAGUGUGAAGAGGCUGGGGAAAGUUUACCUUGUUCAAUAUCUCAAAGAUGUUCUGUGAACCUGUCUGCCAAUCUUCUCCCAGUUUUGCCUAUAUAACUAGAAUCUUAUCUUAUUCUGCCUGGGGCAAAAUCCAAAAAUCGCAGGCUGCCUCCCUACACUUAAAUACUUUAUUACGUUUUUUUAACAUGAAAAAAAGCACCCCUGGAGGGUAACCCCCUUGGUAUGCCACCUCACACUUUUUUCACGUUUCUAAACUUUAUUAACAUUCUCAUGUCCCAUCCCCUUAAAACUAAAUUUCCCUUUUUUAAAUAUUUUGUAUAUUUUUCUCUCCUCAUCCUCAUGUCCCUUAGUCCUUGGACCGUUGGGGCGCCACAGAUGACAUGUGAACCAUCCUCCUCCAUUCCUCUCUGUCUUCAGCACUACGCACUGCAUCGCUCAGUGUUAGUCCUGUCCACUCUUUGAUGUUAUCCUCCCACCUUUUUCUUUGACUUCCUCUUCUUCUCCCUCCUCUUGUGGUGCCCUGCAAUAUUUCUUUGGCAAGCCCUUGUUUCCUUGUUACGUGCCCAUACCAUUCAUUGUAAUUUGCGUUUUUUCACAGUCACCAGUAGGUCAUCGGACUCCCCAAUUGCCUGACGAACCCUUUCUUUCACUGUAUCAUUGGAGAUAUGGUCCCUAUAGCAGAUGCCAAAAAUGCUUCUGAAGCAUCUCAUCUCCAUCGCCUUUAUUUUCCUUUCAAGAUCGGCUGUUAAUGUCCAGGAUUCGAAGCAUACAGGAAAAUGGAGAGGACUAAUGAGUGCAUCAGCCUGAUUUUGGUGGGGGGGGCUAUAUUUUUGUCAUUCCAUAUUUUCUUGAGCUUUUUUAGUGCUGUUGUAGUCUGCGCAAUCCUGGACAUUAAGUAUUUCAAAUACCAAAUAAGGAUGCCAAAUUUCAUAUCUGUAACCUAGUUGGGUUUCAAAAUAUUGAGCAUAAUUUUAUCCUACCAUCAAUUACUACAAAUAUUAUGAGAUACAUAAACUCUGACAAAAUUGGCUUAAUUCUAUGCAGUGUGUUUAGCCUCAAUAUUCUGAGCCAGUUAACUAGAAAUAUUGGGAGGAAAAGACGAGCUGAGAAGAACAAAAUAAGCAUGCAAUUUGGGAAACUUCAAUAUAGUAAGGUACCUGAGAUAAAAUUUCGUUUGAUGGCAUGAGGUGGCAUAGCAUGGGCAAUGAGGCAGCUGGGGGAUAAUAUUGGCUUACACUAACACAACAAAAAGUAUGUUUUAGCCCUCUUCUGCUAACAAAAAAAUAAUCAGUUACAAAUGUAUCAAGAGGUGCAGGGUGGCCGAGCAGUCUAAACUGUCUCAAACCAAAUAGCCGGUGGUCCUGAGUUCAAUCCCCAUCAAAGCCAACAUCCCAAGCACCCCGGGUGGAUGGGACUCGUUAGCCUUGGACGGCAACCCAUCUAAGAAAAGGCAAACUCUGAAUUAAAACUAGGAGCCAGUUUAGAAUGAUUUUGACAAAUUGAUCGUGGGCCCCUCAAAUAUAAGAAGAAGAAGAAGAAGUGUUUGCUUUUUUUAAAAUAGCAAUACAACUUACAGAAGUUAGUACUCAAGGGAAGAUACGCUUUAUAUAAAAAUUACCGGUAUCUUUAAAUACCACCAUUGUGAUUUUAUGCAUAUUAUUGUAAUUACAGUUUAUAUCUUUGGUCUAAGCUCAAGAAAUCUCUUUAAUAUUUAAAUUAGAAGCCACACCUUGGGAUUUAUUUUGCCUGAAAGACAGGGUUUUGUUAGGUCAUUCAGUAAAUCCACCACUGGGAUUAUAUCUUUGAAAUUAUCAUGUGUUUGCACUCUACUUUUUCCUUGGCAUGAUAUAUGGUCAGAUUAAGGCAUAUGGGGCUCUGGGUACAGUCAACAUAGAAUCACAUAGCUGUCUAUGCAUUGUCCAUAAGUGAUUGGUGCCCCUUGAGCCCCAUUCUAGGCUAAAAGAUUGAAUACGUGGGUAAGCUCAUAUGUUAGGGAUAGCGCUAUUUCAAGGUUUGUUAUUUCCACAGGUUUCACUUGCAAGAAACACCAUUAUAUUCUUGGGAGCGGGGCGGGCCUCAAAAACUGCCCCCAAAUGGCACAAUGCGUUUGAGUAAAAUAGUCAGUUUUAGAUUUAGCUGAUAAGUAAAUUUAUUUUCAUAUUAAUAAUAUUAAUGCAUAGAAGAUAGUAAAGAAUGGCAGCCAAUCUCCUUUUAUACAAUAUUUUAACUCUCUCAUUCAGAUACAUGCUUAAAAUAAUUAUUAUGUUAAAUUGAUUUCCAAUUUUUAACAAUAAAUACUUUUAAGAUACUUUAAAUACUUAUAUAGACCAUAACACAAUGACAUAGGCUUAUUCUUUAUUAAAAUUGAUUUUAAAUAUUCAAUAUUGCCAAGGCCUAAUAAUUUUUAAUCAUCCUAUCCACCAUGCCAUUUAAGUCAUCCUUAUAAUGGGAGAUGAUCAGUAUAUAACUAAAUAUGCUAUAAUUUGAUGAUUGGUUAUAUACCUACAACAUCUAACACUAAAAUAUAAGAUUAUUUGGUCAGCAGUGGAUCUUGUAAGACAUCUUUGAGGAUCUUGUAAGCUAUCUUUCUGGAUCUUGUCAGCUACCUUUGUGUUUCUUGUAAGGAACCUUUGUGGAUCUUGCCAGCUACCUUUGUGGAUCUUGUCAGCUACCUUUGUGAAGGAUAAACCUCCUCCCCUCAGUCAGACAUUCCAUGUUCUUUUUAUAAAUCCCUAAGGGUAACAUAAUAAGAGUACCUGUAAAUAACAAUGAAAACGUUCACCCUUUUUUUUUCAGGGACAGUGUAAAGAAAUACACAAGUGUAAAAGAUACCAUUGAUAAAAACAAAGUAUGUAAAAGUCCAACCGGAGGGUGUGUUUUUUGUCAGGAAAUGUAUUGUACCAGUAUUUUAAACAAUUUAAUGUCUUAUAUUUAUCAGAAUAAUGAGAGUAGCGCAAUACACAGUGGGGAUUAAAAUAAUUCAGCAAUUAUUGAGAUUAAAAAAACAAAAAGGAUUUUUUCAAUCAUUAUUUCAGGUACCGGUAAAUGAUUUGAGCUCAGAUGAAAGUGAUGAGGAAGAAAUACCAGUCAUCAAACAGCUUUUAGCUGAGAUAGGAGUCCAAGAAGAAGAACCUGACUCUGAAAAAGAGUCUGAUGAAGAGGAGGAAGAGGAGGUCAGUGACACUCAAGAGAUAGAUCAUGAAAAUGACUUGUCAACAGAUGAAAGUGAUGAAGAUGUAGAGGCUGUUGAAGAAGAUAUUUCACAAGAUAAUUCAAAGCUCAAAGAGGCAGAAAUAUUUUCUGAUGAAGAGAAAACCUCUGACCCCAUAAUUAAGGCGGUGCAUUCAGGUUUGUGGUCUAAACUCUCCCUCUUUCAUUAUUUAUUUAAUGAGGUGAAAGCUAACCUACUCUCAACAAUACCCUUUCGUUGAACUGAAAAAUUUUUAAGUUUUUACUAAUCCCUGAUAGAACACAAACACACAAAUGUUUCGAUAUUAGUAUUAAAUUAUAAUAAAAAAUUAUUAAUUUUUUUAAAUUGAAAAACUUUAUUGAAUUCAUCCUGUUGUAAAAUUCCAGAUGAUGAGGGGAACAGUACCGGUGGUAAAGAAAAAGAUGGAGCUAUGGUGGCCUUGGAGGAAGAUGAAGAAGAGGAAGAUAAUGAAGAGAAUGGAGAAUUGAGCUUAAAGGAAUCGGGUGAAUGAUUUUUUAAAAAUUGUAACAUAUCCAACAUGUACAGAGCAUACUGCUAUCAACUGUAGCUAUCAAAAAUAACAUGUAUCAUCUGCUUUUUUAUUACAAUUAUUGCAAUUCUAUAUCAAGUUUCCUGAAUUUAAUCUAUUGUAAAUCUUAGAGGUAACUCCAGUGUUAAAUAUCCAGUCCAAAGUGAGAGACAGUUGCUCAAUUUGUCAGCCUCACGAUCAUCUCCUUGCCUGUUGGUUGCCAUGGAUAUAGACCAGAAUGAAGCAGAGGACCAGCGGUGUUUCUUGUGUGUUUCACUGGGUUUUAUGCGUUCUACGUUGCAGGAGUUGUCUGCAUUUUUAUUGCAUCAGUGUCAUGCAGCCUAUGGGACUGCAUCUCCGGGGUUUGAUUUCAGAGUCUGCCUUCUCUUAGAUGAGAUGCCAUCCAAGGUUAAUGGGUCCCACCCACUUGGGGAUGAUGAUGUUGUUUUUGCUGGGGAUCGAACUCUUAGUCUGUAAAUCCCAAAUCUAAAAUCACUUUAUACCACAUGAAAGAGAAUUUAUUUAUUUAUUUAGGCAUUUUUUUUAUAGCGCUUACCUUACAGCUCUAAGCGCUUUACAAUUAUUAAAAAUAUGUAAACUAUAAACUGCUCAAGUAAAAUAAAAAGGAAAAAAACCAGAGACACUAGAAUAGUAACUACAAGGACUCGUCUUAACUGUACUUUGUAGCACAUGAAAGAGUACUAGGACUCAUCUUAACUGUACUUUGUAGCACUUGAAAGAGUACUAGGUUCGUGUUAACUGUACUUUAUACAUAUAAUUUUAAAAAAAUAAUGUUUAAAAUGUUUCUCUUAAAGAUCCAUUCACCAAGCAUUUUGAGCAGGACAGAGACAUUUCUGCUUUAGUCGAAGAUGUUUCCAUCAAGUGGCAAAAGAAUGAAAUUAAGGUAAAUUAUGGUUGCACUACAAAGAAAGUUGGUCAUAAAAAUAAAGUCUGAUUAUCCAAUUAUCUGCCAAUUUAACUUAGCUGAGCACUGUGCAACCCUUAUAUAUGUUGUAGUUUCAUGGUAAAAUGUCAGUAUUUACUUUUAAAAUUUUGCUUUUUAAUUUGCUACAGUUAUAUUUUUAGCACUUCUUCAUCCGUCUGUGGGAACAACAUUUUAUCAUUUGUCUGUUGGGAAACAUAUGAACAAUAUUUCUUCAUUUAUCUAUGAGAAACUUAUGAACAAUAUUUCUUCAUUUAUCUAUGAGAAACUUAUGAACAAUAUUCUAAGUAGAAAGUUUAUGACUAAGUGUUUUUAUGUCCUUUAGCUGCCUGGUCUAGGAGACAGCAUUCUUUUGUACAAAGACUCAGAUUAUCUUCCUGAACCGGACACACAUACAGAUCUUAAGAAGCUCCAUGUAAGUUAAGAUACUCCAUUUCAUUUAUAAUCACAUUGGAGAAUAUUUUUUCAUUUGUUGAAUAGAAGUGAUGCAUUUGUAAAAUGAUUGGGUUUGGAGAUGUUUUUUUUUUGUUGAGGUAUGGCUAAACGUAUGUAAAUGUACACCUUGGUUUGUCAAUGCCCUUGAUUUAUAUUUUCUUAAUUGGUAUAACAUAUAUUUAUUUUUUUUAAAGAAAAUGUAACAGCUGUUUUUCACGACUUUCUAUCAUUUUAUUUGAAGAUAUUGUCAUCCAUGUAAAAAUGUACACACCCUAUUCCCUACCCCUGCUAUGUGUUUACCGAAGAAGGUUAAUUAUUGAUCAAAUGCACUGGUUGAUUCUUAGAUGUAUUUUGUGCUGCCUGGGGCAAAAUGAAAGGAUCACAUUUCCCCCCCCCCCCCCCCAGUUUUUAACAAACAAUAAAAUCCUCCAUGGGAUGAUAGCCCCCUACAUAUGCAAACACACAUUUUUUGCAUGCCCCAACACACAUUUUUUGCAUGCCCUAAACACACAUUUUUUGCACCUCAAACACACAUUUUUUUGCACCCCCAAACACACAUUUUUUUGCACCCCCAAACACACAUUUUUUGCACGCCCCAAAUACACAAUUUUUUACAUGCGCUAAACACACAUUUUUUGCACCACCAAACACACAUUUUUUGCACCCCCAAACACACAUUUUUUGCACCCCCAAACACAAAUUUUUUGCACGCCCCAAAUACACAUUUUUUGCAUGUGCUAAACACACAUUUUUUGCACCACCAAACACACAUUUUUUGCACCCCCAAACACACAUUUUUUGCACCCCCAAACAUGCAUUUUUUGCAUUCCCAAACACAUUUUUUACAGCCCCAAACACACAUUUUUUGCAGCCACAAAUACACAUUUUUUGCACCCCCAAACACACAUUUUUUGCACCCCCAAACACACAUUUUUUGCACACCCCAAAUACACAUUUUUUGCAUCCCCAAACACACAUUUUUUGCACACCCCAAAUACACAUUUUUUGCACCCCCAAACACACAUUUUUUGCACCCCCAAACACACAUUUUUUGCACGCCCCUGAACUUUAUUACAAUUCUUAAGCCCUACAUUGACCACACAUUGUUUGACAUGUUCUAAAGAAAUAGUUUUACACAUAAUCAUGUUGCCCUCCAUUGAAAGGUUAUUGUUAUUGAUUUGAUCAUUACAAUCUACACCAAAGUUCACAUCUGUAACCUCAUUUCUUUUUGAGAUAUUGCUAUCAAAACGAACCAAUUGGGAUAGGGUUUGUUCUUAUUUUGAUGAGCGAUCAGUGAAUUAGUGGCUGAUGUUUGUCUAUGAAUAUUCAUUGCACUUAAUGGUUUUAACAACAUUUAUUAUUUUUAAAAUUUUAAAGGUUAAGUUGUAAUAUUACUUUUUAAGAGAAGCCAUAUCUUUUAUAACUUUUUCUUACAUUUAAAUAUCCCAUGGUUUAAAACUUUCAGUUUUUAGCUUUGCUGAAGUUGAUUUGAUACAAUAUUUAUCAUUGGUUUUAUUGAAAGAAAACUUCUAUUGUCUGUAAUUGACGUGAUUGGUUAUCUAUCAUCCAUCUUUCUUGGACAGGUCAAACAUAAACUAUGCAGUAGAGUAGCCUCCACUAACAGGGAGUUAGCUCAAGUCCAUCCAAAAACAGCAAGUAAAUAAUCACAAAUCUGCAGAUACAAAUUUUUAAAAAGUUUAUAAUACAGUGGUACCUUGGUAUACAUCCGCUUUGGAAUAAGUCCAACUUGGUGUACAUCCUGUUUGGACAAGAAACAUUUUGCUGGGUAUAAGACCUUCAUUUGGAAUACGUCCCGUGUGCGUGCUAUUGAAGUAACCUCUGACACAGUAACCUCUAACCCUGAGAAAGUUUUGGAAAGAUCACUUUACCAUUGCCCAUUCCAUAACUCUCAUUGACAAAGCCUGGCAGUAAGUUUCCAACAGAACAAUGAAAUCUGCUUCGAGGAAUUUUUGCCCAGAAGUAGUGACUGAAAGGGACUUUGAGAGUGUGCAUACAAAGGAGGAUAUUGUCUCUCUGGGCAGGUCCAUGUGACUUGAUGUGAAUGAAUUUGAUGUGGAGGAGUUAGUGGAGGGGCACAGGGAAGAGCUGACCACUGAGGAGCUGCAGGAACAUGAGAAGGAUGAGCACAAGACUAGGAGGGAUGCACUCUAUUCAGGCUCUGAGGAGGGGGAGAUAGAGGAAGCUUCUACCUCAUUAAUCGAAGAAAUCUUUGCUAAAUAGAUGGAUGUCAAAAACUUUGAGGAGAACUAUUGAAUUGAAUAUUUAUAUAGCCCUUGUCUCCAUGCUACUUUAGCAUGCUCACAGCGCUUGUCUCCAAGCUACUUUAGCAUGCUCAUAGCGCUUGUCUCCAAGCUACUUUAGCAUGCUCACAGCGCUUGUCUCCAAGCUACUUUAGCAUGCUCACAGUGCUUGUCUCCAAGCUACUUUAGCAUGCUCACAGCACUUGUCUCCAUGCUACUUUAGCAUGCUCACAACGCUUGUAUCCAUGCUACUUUAGCAUGCUCACAGCGCUUGUCUCCAUGCUACUUUAGCAUGCUCACAGCGCUUGUAUCCAUGCUACUUUAGCAUGCUCACAGCCCUCUGAUGUUCUUAAAUCUAUUUAAAUAAAAAAAGUCUUCAAAUGUUUCUUAAAUGAUUUUUAUCAUUGUCAAUUUCACUCAAAGAUUGGGACAAGCUGUUCCAUAAUUUUGGCACUAUCGCUUCAAAAGAGCGCACUACAUAUGCAUUUUUUCUGUGUCCAUCCAUACUGGGAACUCUCAGUAAGGACUGUGUUGAAGACAGCAGGUUCUUAAGGAUACAUGUUUAUAAAUCAGUUCUUACAAAUAUUCCGGUGCAGAGCCUUCUAUACAGCUGUAAGCCAGAGACAGAAUUUUGUAGUCAAUGCGCUCACUCACAGGAAGCCAAUGGAGAUCCCUAAGAACUGGGGUGAUGUCAGAUUUCUUUAUUCGCGAUACAAUGCGUGCUGCUGUAUUCUGUACCUUCUACCCCAACAAAGCCCAAACGAGUCGUAAUAGCAUGUCAUGAAUGACCAGAUGAUGUCACAUUUUUGAAACAUCCUAAGGAGUCUGCAACAUCCUGAGUUAAAGUCAAACCUGGUGAGCCUCAACCAGGGUCAACAAAGGAAAAGAGACAGAAAAAAUAAAAAACAACAGAAUGUCAUAUUCCUGAAGUUUUAUUGGAAGCGGGCUCUCCUUCAAAACAAUAACAUAUUCUCAGCACCAUGUUAGUCAGCACUUGACUCUUCUCACCAAGGUAAAGUGAGAUUAAAUUUUCAUUUAUUUCCAUAAGUUCUUUUUCUUUAUGUAUUUUAGUAUUAAGCAGUGUUUUUUCAUGAGAACAAAUUAAUCAUUUUCCCUUUAUUUCUUAUGGGGAAAAUAUGUUUGGUAUACGUCCUGUUCGGCAUAAGUCCAAGGAUCUGGAACGGAUUAAGGAUGUAUGAAAAGGUACCACAGUAUUAUAUUCAUACAAUAUUAGUUUGACUGGUCUGAUAAUUUUAAUUUUAUGUGCACUGAAUGACUGUUUCUUGUAUGCAGGUAUGAUACUCAUUUAACUCGUAUUAGGCUUAUUUUCUGUGCUUACAAUGUUUUUACACAAUGCAGACAAACUUCUCCCCCCCCCCCCCCCCCCCCCCCCCCCCCCCAACGAACCGCCUUUGACCCAAAUCUGUUAUUUGAAACUAACCACCCACCAGGUUUGACCCACCUGCAGCAUAGAUUGUUUUGUGCGAUGAACUGCUAUCAAGACCUUCUUUAUCCUAAACAAACCUGCGACAACACGGAGGAGAUUCGACUUGUAUACUGUCUCCAUGCUCUGAAUCAUGUGUUGAAGUAAGGCCUCUUCAAACCAGUUAUUGUGUAUUCAAUGACUAUUUUUUUAUUUCUCUGUUACUUUUCUCCUUGAGAUUAACAGUUUCUGCUGUCAUCAUUAUAAUAUGGUUACUUCACAGUUAGUCCAGACAUACAUUUGUAUUUUUUAUUUUUUCCAACUUUCUUAUGGAGUUAUUCAAUGUUACGAUGAUUUGCUCUGAAUAGACUUAUUUAUUUGUCAAUUAAUGCUGUAAUCUACAGAACAAGAAGUCGUGUUAUAGCUCACAAUGCUAAGUUAAAGAAUAAGAAGAAUGACCCAGAUGACGAGUAAGUAUUAGAAAAGUAUUUUAAUUUGUUGAUGAUUUCAUGUGCAUUAAGAAAUAAAUGUGAUCCUCUUAAUAUCCCCUAAUACAAAUUUAGUUUUGAGAAAUGUCUCAUUUAUCAUUUAUUGCUUAUGGAGAUUAUUUUUUUAAAGAAACUCACGAAGUAAGACUUAAAGUAAGGUUUUUAAAAUCAUUGCAUCCAUAUGUUCAUGUGAGAUAGAUAUGGAUGCACUUUUGCUUUUCAUUUUUAAAAAAAAAUCAUUAAAUAUUUCUAAAUCUGAAAUUGAUAUCGAUUUUUUAACCAGAUUUAUCAAUUUAUAAAAAGAUAUUAAGCCAUUAUUUACUGUACUUUCUUUUCAGUGUGGAAUAUAGAGAUCAAGGUCUUACCAGGCCAAAAGUUCUAAUUCUCUUGCCCUACAGAGACAGAGCUCUGAAAGUUGUAAACAUGAUCAUUAGUCUGCUAUCAGCAUCCCAGCAGGUCAGAAUCACAAUCAGUGUAAAUAUAUAUAUAUAUAUAUAUAUGUGUGUGUGUGUGUACCAUUCAUAUACAUAGUGCCUCUCGUAAAUCUCUGUAUAAUCGGAAGUGUUUCGUUGACAUGUUCUCGUGCUUACAUCAAUGGUUGUGCUAAAAGAAUGGGGGUAAAUAUUAUCUAACACAACCAUAAGUGUAAGACCCCUAAAUACACUUUAUUUAAAAAUGGUAGCAAAUAUCAAUCAAUGUACCUGUACACGUUUUAUGUGGCCCACCUUGUAUGUAUCAGUCUGUUGAUACCAUCCUGUAUGUACCAGAGUUUGUUGAUACCAUUCUGUAUGUACCAGAGUCAGUUGAUACCAUCCUGUAUGUACCAGAGUUUGUUGAUACCAUCCUGUAUGUACCAGAGUUUGUUGAUACCAUUCUGUAUGUACCAGAGUCAGUUGAUACCAUCCUGUAUGUACCAGAGUUUGUUGAUACCAUUCUGUAUGUACCAGAGUUUGUUGAUACAAUCCUGUAUGUACCAGAGUUUGUUGAUACCAUCCUGUAUGUACCAGAGUUUGUUGAUACCAUCCUGUAUGUACCAGAGUUUGUUGAUACCAUCCUGUAUGUACCCGAGUUUGUUGAUACCAUUCUGUAUGUACCAGAGUUGGGUGACACCAUUCUGUAUGUACCUGAGUUGGGUGAUACCAUCCUGUAUGUACCAGAGUUGGGUGACACCAUCCUGUAUGUACCAGAGUUGGGUGAUACCAUCCUGUAUGUACCAGAGUUGGGUGAUACCAUCCUGUAUGUACCAGAGUUGGGUGACACCAUCCUGUAUGUACCAGAGUUGGGUGAUACCAUCCUGUAUGUACCAGAGUUGGGUGACACCACCCUCGAUAUACCAUUCUAGGGUGAUAGAAGUCUGGAAAUUUUGGUUGGCAAAAGUUUACUAGCUACAAUUUAAAUUUGUAGAAUUCAUCUCUACCAUCAAAAUUAUAAGUGCUGAUUUUUUUUUAUAUUUCCAGGCAAGUGUCAGCAACAAAAAGAGAUUUGAACAAGAAUAUUCAGAAUUAGAAAAAGGGAAUUUAUCAGAGAAAACAUACAAGCCAGGUAUGUAGUACAAAUUUUGGCUGGACUGUUAUUGAGUGGUCAUUCAAGAAAUGCUGGGGUAAAGCUUGUUUGAAAUGACCAUUUAAAGAUACUUUUUAAAAAGAAUUUAAAUUUAUAAUAGAAAUUAUGGGAGAUAACUAAAGCUCAUUAAAUUUGUUCAAUUCAAUACCAGGCUCAAUAUUAGGUUAGUUUAAAAAGAAGAGAGAUAAGAAUCUUAUAAGCAGCAACAGUUGAUGAGAAAAGAAAGAGAAAAAAACUGACAGCAGGAAAUGCAAAAUGUACUUGUCAAAUAAUGGCAUAUCUUCUCUGUACAGAGGACUUCAGGAAGAUCUUUGAAGGCAACACUGACGACAAUUUCCGUGUAGGCUUGAGUGUCUCCAAGAAAAGUCUUCGACUCUACAGUCCGUUCUAUGAGUCAGACAUCAUCCUGGCAUCUCCACUUGGUCUAAGAAUGAUCAUAGGCUUGGAAGGGUGAGACUGAAUUGAUUCACAGUUUCUGAUAAUUUUUACAUUGCAUAUCAAUUUUAUCAGUGAGAUCUUACUAUUCUAGCAGAGAGAUGGAACAAUGUUGGCUUGGCAGAGGGAGCCACAAUUAACUGAUGUAGAGAUUUCUACAUACACAUUACCUACACUUCUGUAACAAAGAGUUAAUUCCCUUCAAUAAUAGGGUAAUGUUUUAUUAUAAUUUAUGAUGACCUAUAUCAUAUGUUGAUGUUUUACAAUAAUUUUGCAUCACUUCUAGAGAUCAUGAGCGGGACUAUGACUUCUUGUCGUCAAUAGAAGUACUGAUUAUAGACCAGGCGGAUAUUUUUCUUAUGCAAAAUUGGGAUCACUUUACCGUAAGUCUUUAUUUUCUUGUUUUGGUGAAUUGCAAACAAACAAAAUUGAGACAAAAAAAAUGUGUGUAAGUAAAUCAAGACAUGUUCAGCUUUAAUUAUGGUUACACAGAUACAAAUUGAAAUGUUUCGGCAAAAUGCCUUCAUCAGUACAACAAAAACAUUCAUAUAAGUAGAAACUAAAUGUAUGAUACUGAUAAAGAUAUUAGUCGAAACAUUUGUAUUUUGUGUAACUAUAACUAAAUCUUAACAUUUAUUGUUUUUUAUAAGCAAAUCUAGUGUGCCUCUUAAUCUACUUAAAAGCUUUAUCACAGUCCCAUCCUAACAAAAAGCUUGACCAAUGUUACAGCAGUACUGGUUGUCUUGUUAUAGCAGUACUGGUUGUCUUGUUAUAGCAGUUUUGGUUGUCUUGUUAUACCAGUACUGGUUGUCUUGUUAUAGCAGUACUGGUUGUCUUGUUAUAGCAGUUUUGGUUGUCUUGUUAUAGCAGUACUGGUUGUCUUGUUAUAGCAGUUUUGGUUGUCUUGUUAUAGCAGUUUUGGUUGUCUUGUUAUACCAGUACUGGUUGUCUUGUUAUAUCAGUACUGGUUGUCUUGUUAUAGCAGUUUUGGUUGUCGUGUUAUAUCAGUAUUGGUUGUCUUCUUAUACCAGUAAUGGUUGUCUCAAGCUCUUUCUUGUUAUAUAUUAUUUAGAUAAAUUUCAUCCUUAAUUUCUCUUGUAACAGCAUGUGUUCAAACAUUUACAUCUCCAACCAAGGGAGUCUCAUGGUGUUGACUUCUCCAGAGUUCGAAUGUGGUCUAUCAAUGGUUGGUAGGUUGUACAGUUAUCUUCUAUGUAUAUCAGAACUAUUAUGUGUAUUAGUACUAUUGUCAUAUAUGUGUAUUAGAACUAUUAUCAUAUAUGUGAGAACUAUUAUCAAGAAUAUUAGAACUAUUAUCAUGUAUAUGAGAACUAUUAUCAUAUGUAUAUUAGAACUAUUAUUGUAUGUACAUUAGAACUAUUAUCAUGUAAUUUAUAACUAUAAUCAUGUAUAUUAGAACUAUUAUUGUAUGUUUAUUGAAGAUAUCAUUUAAAGACUAAAUGGUUCUAGAGUAUCUGAAACCUGGGGGUUUAUCUCUGGUAUUAGGGAUGAGAUAAAUAUUUGUGAUAAUUUUAUCAUACACAAGGUGGUCACUAACAAUGUAUUAUACCGUAGUGAAAUAUGCUAUAACAGACAGUGGUGAAAUAUACUAUAACAUAGUGAAAUAUAUUACAUAGAGUAGUGAAAUAUGCAAUAACAUAGGGAAAUAUGCGAUAACAAAGAGUAGUGAAAUAUGAUAUAACAUAGUGAAAUAUGCUUUAACAUAGUGAAAUAUGUGAUAACAUAGAGUAGUGAAAUAUGCUAUAACAUAGUGAAAUAUGCUAUGACAUAGAGUAAUGAAAUAUGCGAUAACAUAGUGAAAUAUGCUAGCCUCUUAUUUACACUUCAGUUAUCACCUAAGAUCCGAUUUAUUUACUCUAAUUACCCAGACCUAAUUCUAUCUCACUUAUCUCUAUUUGGAUUAUUUCAGGAGUAAACAUUAUCGCCAGACGUUGAUAUUCAGUAGUGUCAUACUUCCUGAAUUACUGACCAUCUUUAAUAAGCAUUGUCACAGUAUCCUUACAAUUAAUUCUGUAUAGACAGGGAGUGCAACAUUCCUGUCUGAUCAACUAUUACUUCAUCUCAUUCUGUAAGCCAAGUACAGUGAUAAAUAUAUCCUUAUCUAAAGAAAGAUUUUACUGGCAAAAUUAUUGUGCAAAGAGAUGGCAAAGUUGGUACUAUUAGAUCCAGUAUAACAGAUUCACCCCAAGUAAAUAUUCAUUACAUUGUAUUUUAUUAGUUAAAGUGUAUUUCAUGUUUCAUUAGAUUAGAUAUACACUAUAAAAUAUUUCAUGUUUCAUUAGAUUAGAUAUACACUAUAAACUAUUUCAUGUUUCAUUAGAUUAGAUAUACACUAUAAAAUAUUUCAUGUUUCAUUAGAUUAGAUAUACACUAUAAAAAAUUUCAACCGGACUUGAAGAAAUAAUUGGUUGUUAAAAAUUGGGAUAGAUUUUAUUUUGUAUGAACACAUAGUUAGUCACACACCAUCUCAUUGUUCUAUGAACACAUAGUCAUUAACCAUCUCAUUGUUCUAUGACAUUAAUACAGUUAAAACUAGAAAUAAUCCUUCCAAGGUGGUGGCAACCCAUGAGUUUCCCAUCUAUUAAAGUUUCUAGACAAAACUUGCUUUCAAGUAUAACACACUUUUAAAGAAUGCCCACCAAUUAGGGCUGACUUUGAGAAUAUUAAUUUGUGUGCCUACUGAACACAGCCAUACGAACAUACCUAGAGAAUUAUCGUUUGUGCUGACACGUAGUACGUCACAAACAAAAGUAUAGGAUAUACAAUGAAAAUCUUUAUUUCACAUAGCUGUACCAUAGUUGUCAUCUUUUUAACAACUUCCCUUUUGUGUAGAUCUUUCAUCGAGUACCUUGUGAUGCUCCCGACGGCUUGUCUCAGAGGAAAGCAAAAUUUGACUACUUUAAAAAGAAGGUACAUUUUUGAAAUGGUGGCCAUUAGACUGGAUGUUCCCAUGUUAGAGGUGGCCAUUAGACAUAAUGUUUUAAUGUUAGAGGUGGCCAUUAGAUGGGAUGUUUCCAUGUAAGAGGUGUCCAUUAGACAGGAUGUUUCCAUGUUAGAGAUGGCCAUCAGAGGGGAUGUUUCCAUGCAAGAGGUGUCCAUUAGACAGGAUUUUCCAUGUAAGAGGUGUCCAUUAGACAGGAUGUUUCCAUGCUAGAGGUGGCCAUUAGAUGGAAUGUUUCCAUGUAAGAGGUGGCCAUUAGAUGGGAUGUUUCCAUGUUAGAGGUGGCCAUUAGGUAGGAUGUUUCCAUGUUAGAGGUGGCCAUUAGAUUAAAUUAGUCCAUGUUAGAGGUGGCCAUUAGACAGGAUGUUUCCAUAUUAGAGUUGGUCAUUAGACAGGAUGUUUCCAUGUAAGACAGGAUGUUUCCAUGUUAGAGGUGGCCAUUAGAUUCAAUUAUUCCAUGUUAGAGGUGGCCAUUAGACAGGAUGUUUCCAUGUAAGACAGGAUGUUUCCAUGCUAGAGGUGGCCAUUAGAUUCAAUUAUUCCAUGUAAGAGGUGGCCAUUAGAUUCAAUCAUUCCAUGUUAGAGGUGGUCAUUAGACAGGAUGUCUCCAUGUUAGAGGUGGCCAUUAGAUUCAAUUAUUCCAUGUUAGAGGUGGCCAUUAGACAGGAUGUUUCCAUGUUAGAGGUGGCCAUUAGAUGGGAUGUCUCCAUGUUAGAGGUUGCCAUUAGAUUCAAUUAUUCCAUGUUAGAGGUGGCCAUUAGACAGGAUGUUUCCAUGUUAGAGGUGGCCAUUAGAUGGGAUGUUUCCAUGUUAGAGGUGGCCAUUAGAUGGGAUGUCUCCAUGUUAGAGGUUGCCAUUAGAUUCAAUUUUUCCAUGUUAGAGGUGGCCAUUAGACAUGAUGUUUCCAUGUUAGAGGUGGCCAUUAGAUGGGAUGUUUCCAUGCUAGAGGUGGCCAUUAGACAGGAUGUUUCCAUAUUAGACUUUGGUAGCUGGUUUUAGUUGCUGCCACAUUGAGAAAGAGUGUAAAUUGUAAGAAUGGGAUGGAUAUGUGACAGCUUGAAUAAUUAGAGUAGAAAAUAUUAGGAAUGAACGGGAUUGCGACAGCAUGUUUCAGCAGAAAGCCUUCACUAGCAAACACAACUUGACAACUACUGAGAGGCUUCACUGGCGGUGUUGUUUAAGUCCAACAUAGUACCAAAGAAUAUUACCUAAUUAUAAAAAGUGUUGGACUGCGAUAAAGCUUUAAAAAAUUUUGCUAAAAUCCCUUCCUUUACACUUUACUUUACUUUGCCUCUGUCUGUUUUUUUUUCGCCCACUCCAAUUUUUUCUCCCCCUUUUUUAGGUAGGAUAUCUGUAUCUAUAUAUUAUGUAAAUUUAAUUUAUACUUAUUUCUCUUUUUGUUGUGCUGAUGAAGGCAUGUGCCAAAAUGUACACUUUUGUAUUCUGUAAAAUUAUCAAUAAAGCUUACCUUAUAUUGUUAUAUUAACACAAAUUGUUGGUGUCUAAUUAAUCUACCAAAGAAUAUAGUAGCAUGUCUGACCUUAGUCCAGCAAGUAGUGUGGUCAAAGCAUCCUAGAUCAGACCAGCUAUCAUAACCAGUAACGUUGUUGUUUUUUUUUUAAAUAUUCACAUUUUAUAGUUGAGACGUAUUGGCACAUUAUUUACUUUGAAACUUGUGUUGUCUGCAACUUUGAUAAAACUCUUGUUUCAGAUAAUUCCAUACCAUACAUCAGCUGGUAUCAAGCAUACUUUGAUUUACUGCAACUAUUACAGCUUUGUUAUGCUGCGCAACUACUUCAGGGAAUCAGAGACUGACUUUCUAUUUAUGAAUGAGUGAGGACAUCAUUGGGCUUUUUCAAUUAUGUGUAUUACCCUAAAUCCCAUUAAAGUCAGAUUUUGUUGACAAGGGAAUUGGAACUUCUCUUUAACAAUAGUUGGCCUUGCCACCCGAUGCCUGCACAUUAAAGAAUGUUUGUCAUUGUAUUUAUAAUCAUCAGUGUUGCUACAGCCCAUGGAUUGUAUUUAUAGUGAAUAAUUAAUUCAUCUUAAAAAAACAAAUAAACUGUUUAGCAUUUAUCAUUACGGUGAAACACAAUUUUAAUCAUUUGUUCUUUUAUUUAUACUUAAGCCAGUUAUGUAAAUUUGCUUUCAUUCAUUACAAUGCCUUCAUCAGAUAUGACACAGAAAAACAUAUGAGAAAUGCCAGAAUUCACUUCAGAAAAAGACAUCCCCACUUUAUGUUAUACACUGAGAGGUUGCAUUUUUUCUACAGGUAAGGGUGAUGAGUGAGAGUCUUGUCUUCAUUUUCCAUGUUUUUAGACUUUCUUACCAGGUCAUUAAAUUAUUCUGUGCUUGUUGUAAGAAUUAAAAACAAUCAUAAUGGAUAUUAUCUGGUUUGAUAUCUUGUGUAAAUCUCCCAGGUUUAAACUGCGAGCCAUCCAUCACAUCCUCUGGUUUGACCUGCCCCAGUACCCUCAUUUUUACCCUGAACUUGUCAACCUGAUGGAGACUUCACGUCAAGCCUGUACAACCACAGCUUUGUUUACCAAGUAAAUUAUUGUAUUAUUGUAUUGGUGUCAUGAAUGUUUGGUAAACAUACGCUUUUGGAUGUCUCAUCUAACUUAUGAAUAUUUAAAAUGAUUCCAUAAAUCCUGGUUUAAGAUAUCUACUGUCUUGGUCACUUAUCUGUCUUAUAAACAUUUUAUCCUGGUUAGGGAUAUUCUCUCUUUAAGUUUUAAGCCUGUCAUAUAUUCGCUUGAGCAUCUGAUAAACACUUGAGCACGUAUCUUUCUUAUAAAACUUGUACCCUAUUCCACUCAUAAAAUAGUGGUUCAUAAAAUAUAUAAACCUUAUAUCUGUGUACAAAAGUUAUGUGUACAAAAUUAUAACUGUACAAAAAUUAUACCUGUGUAAAAAAAUAUCUGUGUAAAGCACUUAAACAGAUAUUUAUUUGCCUUUUUUUUUUUUUUUUUUUUAAAAACGUCCGGCUAAGAUUGUUAACAUGGAUAGUCUGGAUAUUUUGAUGUUAUAGUUUUAGGAUGUUUUGAACAAUAAAAAUGGUAUUUGCAUUACAGAUAUGAUGCCCAAAAGUUGAUAGAGAUCACAGGCAAGCAGCAGGCAGGUCAUUUGUUGAACUCUGAGAAAUCUGUCAACAUGAUUACCAUGUCAUGAGACCACAUCAUUGAUGUCUUAACAGCAAUACAGUGAGACCACAUCAUUGAUGUCUUAACAGCGACACCGUGAGACCACAUCAUUGAUGUCUUAACAGCAACACCGUGAGACCACAUCAAUGAUGCUUUAACAAAUUACUAAUUCACACACUUGAAGUAAAAGUGAUGAGAAAUCAAACUGUCAAAUGUACAUAAAGAGAUGAAGACUUGGUACACAUAAAAUAUAUAAUAAACAAUUUGUCUUGUCAACUCUGCUAAAUUUGUCUUAAAAUUGUAGCAGUUG